AUGAUUCAGCACUCUAGUCAACGUUUGAUUCUCUGUAUCGGAGCAAGCAAGGACAACUCAACAACGCACCUCAAUCGUGAUUUCUAUAUUCGAAUCCCCUCCGAUUUGCAACGCUUUUUCCCUAGAUGCGAAUUCUUGAAGGUUGAACAACCGUUAUACAGAAUCCCCAAAGCAGGCAAUCACUGGUUCCGUAUGUAUUAUGAACACUACAUGAAGCAGCUAGCCAUGGAGACCUCAACCUAUAAUCCGUGCCUCCUUCACUGCCGCGAUCUGAAGCAAGGAUUCAGCAUUAUUGGAAUGCAAACAGAUGAUACGCUCAUUGUCGCUGACGAAGCCUUUGCU